CGCAACAUGUCUCCGAGACGCACCACCGCGCUCUGCCUGCAGCUCCUGCCGCUGCUGCUGCUGCUCGGAGCGGGGCAGCAGUGCCUCGCUGGCCACCAGCUGCUCGUGUUCCUCAUCGACGGGUUCCGUUAUGACUACAUGGACGACCUGCAGGCUCUGCCCGGACUCCGCCAACUCGUGGACAACGGCGUGAAGGUGGACUACAUGACCCCGGACUUCCCGUCUUUAUCUUACCCCAAUUACUACUCAUUAAUGACAGGUCGCCACUGUGACAUUCAUCAGAUGACUGGAAACUACAUGUGGGAUGAAACCUCCAACAAGGAGUUUCUGAUUGGGGGCAACGAGGACAGCCGGUUGUCUUUUUGGUGGGAGGGAUCAGAGCCAUUGUGGGUCACCAUGCAGAAACUGGGAAAGAAGGUGUUCAUGUACUACUGGCCUGGCUGUGAAGUGGAGAUUCUGAGUACCCGCGCAACAUUCUGUGAGGAAUAUUAUGACUACCCAUCAGCGCAAAACUUCAUAGACUCAAUAGGGAAUGCUAUGAAUGUCCUGAGCUCAGGCGAAGCAGACAUGGCAGCAAUAUAUCAUGAGAAAAUAGAUGUGGAGGGCCAUCACUUCGGUCCAAAGUCUCCUGAGGUCAGAGCAGCUGUGCAAGAACUGGAUAAGGCUUUGCAGUUACUCAACAGCAUAAUCAAAGAGAAAGGCAUGAUGGACAAGCUCAACAUUAUGCUAUUUUCAGACCAUGGUAUGACAGAGCUCCAGUGGAUGGACAAGGUCAUAGAGCUGGACAAGCACAUCAACAUGUCAGAUAUUGCCAAGAUGAUGGACAGAGGACCAGUGGUCAGUCUGUGGCCCAAAGAUAACAAGUACCAAGCGGUGUAUGCCAUGUUGACCCAAAUCCCAAACAUGAAUGCCUAUGCCAAACAGGAGAUCCCUGAACGGUUCAAUUUAAGAUCAGGGAAGUUUGUUUCCCCCCUGACUCUGGUGGCUGAUCCUGGCUGGUUCAUUAUUGAGAACAAGGCAAAACUCCCAUACUGGAAAAACGACUCUGGGACACCGUCAGCAUGGCAAGCUGGUUGGCAUGGUUACGACAACGAGUUUCUCGACAUGAGAGGGUUUUUCGUGGCGACUGGACCUGACUUCAAGCAAAACUUUAAGGCAGCUCCAAUUCGAUCGGUGGACAUCUACAACUUGAUGUGCUCGACGUUGGGAGUGAAACCUUUGCCAAAUAAUGGGUCCUGGUCUCGGGUCGAGUCCUUCCUGAAUGGCUCUGAUGGUCCAGCCCUAUCCACAACCCUCUGCUGUAUGGGAAUGCUCGGAAUACUGCUUGCACUAUGGGAGUAAAGCAUUGAAAGGUUCACUUUUUAUGGCAUCUGAUUGUGUCUAGAAAUGAUCUGCUAGAAAGAAUAAGAACAUUGUUCCAUCUGAAACGAAUGAAAGAUAUAUAAAACAGGCAGAAAAAAAUCAGCCAUAAAAUAGUUAGAGCAUUUAUAGGGACCAAUAACUUAAAGUGCCUGAAGAGUUUUACAGUAGAAGGUACAGCAUAACAGCAACUUGGUAAUUAUAUUACCUUUAAAUUCUCCUUGUCAAUCAUAAUAAAACAUGAAAAGUUGUCAGGUCUACAUGCAGGGUCUCAGGGUUUCUGGUCCUAGUUUAUAAAGUGAGUCAAAAUCCUUGUGUUCACAUACUUUGCCAAUAAAAAUGAUUUUGAUUUCUGGGUAAAGGUCACUAUCCUCCUAUAUUUUCUUAAUACUUUUUAAAAAAUGACUAAUAAAGGUAAUUUAAACAAAUUGUAUGCUUGUCUUUAUACAAAUGUCACAUACUGUUCUCUUACUAAACGGUGUAGGUUACACUAUCAAUUAAUAUAAAUCAAUUAAUUGAUAGAGAACAUUUCUUAGUUUUUUUUUGUUUAUUUAACCUUUAUUUCUAAAAGUAAUCUAAUUGAGACGCGGGGGUCUCAUUCAUCACAGCAAUACAACACACAUUUACAGGACAUCUAUGAAAUAAAUUCAUAUUACAUGUUUUUUUACAUACAUUCAUACAUGAAAUGUGUUCUCUGGAUUCAAUCCAUCCUUAGGAGCAGUGGGCUGAUGUGAAGCGCCGAGACAAAAUAGUAACCACAUUUUAAAAGUGGUAUUAGCUAAAAUAUCAAAUUAAAGCUAUUAUAUAGAACAAGAGUAGGAAUUACAAUAUUAUUUGCAGGAAAGGUUCUCGGAAAUUGUACAGACGUAUAAAACAGUUGUAUAGAAAGCAUUACUGAUGUCUGGGUAUUUGUAACCUUGAAGCUGUUGAAUGUAAACCUCUUCUCUCGUGUCUUGCCAUUGCUGUGUAUCCAGAUGAGAAGGAAUGUUUUCUGAUGUCAGAACAAUUUGAUUGAGAGACUUCAUAAAGUACAUAAUGCUGA